AUGCGAGAAGCAGCAAUUAGGGCUUUGUGCUGCAGCAGCAAACGGCAGCAACGCGGCGCUCCUGCCCAGCAGCAGCAGCAACAGCAGCAACAACAGCAGCACCUUUACCAGAGAAAGCAGCACGGGUGGAUCUUUGCCUCAGCAAGCAGAAGACUGUUUGCUCAACCGUAUUCUCUCAAAGACGACAACGGCAGCAGCAGCAGCAACAGCAGCAGCAGCAGCAGCAGCAGCUUUGGUUUCUAUGGGGCGGCGUGCCCGCCUUGCAACAAGCGGCAGCAGCACCAGCGGCAGCGGCAGCAGCAGCAGCAGCAGCAGCGUGAGCCUCUGGAGCAGCAGCAAGAUCAGCUUGAAGGGCCCGUGCUCUGCGGGCGUUGCCUAGCGCCACCUGUUGCUCGCAAGUGGGCCUUACCUCCCGCUUCAGAUGCUUCGCAGCCGUCCUUCUGUGCGGGGGUUUUGUUUCCCCCUGUCUCUGCUGCUGCUAGCAAGCAUCAGCAGCAGCAGCGAGGCGGUGCAGCAGCAGCACAAACCCUGGCGUCUAGCCAUGCUUCCCCGUGGAAGCUGCCUACGCUGCAGCAGCAACAGCAGCAGCAACAGCAGCAGCAGCAGCAGGAAGCUAUGAAAAAGUCCCUUGCUGCUCCCCCAGGUUCUCCUCCGCCAUCUGCUGCUGCUGGUGGUGGUGCUGCUGCUGCUCCUUCUGCUGCUUCUGCUGCUUCGAGGCCCGCAGAGUCAGCAGAUGCAUCAGCAGCACCAGCAGCAGCUGGCGCAGCGGCAGCGGCAGCACCAGCAGCAGCAGCACCCGGCCCAGGUGCAGCAGCAGUGGGAGCAGCAGGAGCAGCAGCAGAAGGAGCAGCACGAAAUGCAGCAGCUCCUGUCUCUGGCGUCUCUUCUCCUUCUCCCCCUGUCUCCUUUGCAGCGUUGAAGCCACCUGCUGCUGCUUCUGCUGCAGCAGCAACAGCAGAGCCUGCAUCUGCCUCGAGCUCGCAACCCUCGUUGGUCGCGGGUUUAAGCCUUGGGGGCAGCGUUUCUCUCUCUACGCUCAUUGCAAAGAACAACAGAAAAUGCAUAAGCGUGAGCGUUCGAGGUCGUGCUAUAAACACUUUAGCUGGCACAGGGAAGCCUUCAGGCUCUGCAUGGAGGAGUGGGGCAUCGGAAGCAGCAGCAGCAGCAGCAGCAGCAACAGCAGCAGCAGCAGCGGCAGCAGCAGGUGGCGCAGCGGGAGCAGCAGCAGCAGCGGGCGACAGAGCAGGGGGAUACUUGUCGUCUGCAGCGCAUGGGUACGGCAGCAGCAGCAGCAGCAUGGUGGGAGGAGUUGAGGGGUCUGCUGCUGCUGUUGCUGCUGCUGCUCUGUCUGAUGAAGCAUACCCUGAUCUCAGUGUAGCAGCAGAGAGAGCUAGAAACGAGCUGCAGCGUGAUAAACAAAAGACGAAGAGACCGAAGCCAACGAAAGCAGCAAAGCCUGCUGCUGCUGCUGCUGCUGCAGCAGGAGACACCGCAGCACCCCUCACUACACCUCAAGGGGCCCCCAAGAAGGUUGGACUGCAGCAGCUACAUGAACUUCAGUCGGCUAUGGCUGCUGCUGCUGCUGCUGCCAGACCCAGCAGCAGCAGCAGCAGCAGCAGCGGGUUGCUGGCUGCUGCUCCUAAUGGAGCGCAUGCUGCUCGCUUCCCUCCUCUUGUUGCUGCUCCUUUCAGUGCAGCAGCAGCAGCAGCAGCGGAGCAGCAGCAACAGCAGCAGCAGCAGCAACAGCAUCUCCGCCGGGGCGCACAGCAGCAGGAGGCGCUGCAGCAGCAGCAGCAGCAGCAGCAGGAGGUGCUGCAGCAGCAGCAGCGGGAGUUGCUGCGGCUGCAAACAGAAGAAGGGCUGAGGUCGGACGCAGAGAGGGAGAAAGAAAUGAAGCAAAGAGCUCUGAAAAAGCUGCAGGAGUUGGAUGCUCGUCUUGCUGCUGCUGGUGCUGCUGCUGCUGCUGCUGCUCCUCAGCAGCAACAGCAGCAGCCAACUGAUGCAGCAGCAAAAGAACAGCAGCAGCAGCAGCAGCACAAGCAGCAGGAGCAGUCUUGGAGGCAAAUGCAACCACCGUCAGAUGGCGCUGCAGCACAGCUGCCUCCUCCACCGCAGCAACAGCAGCAGCAGCAGCAGCAGCAGCAGCACGGAGUUAAUGGGGCCCCCAGCUGGCGGAGUCGGCGCAACACCAACGACGAGCGCCGCCAGCAGCAGCAGCAGGAUGAGGGGCAGCAGCAGCAGCAGCAGCAGCAGGGCAGAGGCCAAGAGGAGGUAUUUACCCGCAGGCAGCGGCCUUUGUAUGAGCAGCAGCAGCAGCAGCAGCAGCAGCAGAAUGAUCUCAGCAGCAGCAGAGCUGCCGCUGCACCCCGAGAAGAGCUGCAGUGGCGCAGCGGUGCUCGUCAGCAGCAGCAGCAGCAGCAAACGGAGUAUGGUGCUUCUGCAGCAGGGCUUGCUGCUGCUGCUGCUCCGUCUGAAGAUGGUGCAGCAACAGCAGCAGCACCAGCAGCAGCAGGUAUGCCGCUAAAGCAGCAGCUGCCUCGGGGUGUAUUGCCGCUGCCGGGUUCGUUAAGGGGGCGCCACCGAGGGAUGCUGCAGGAGCACCUAGAGCAGCAGCAGCAGCAGCAGCAUAGGCCGCAGAGCUGGAGAAGGAGUCAGGUCAGCACGGCGGACACCCAGCAGCAGCAGCAGCAGCAGCAGCAGCAACAGGAACCGCACCAGCAACAGCUAGCUCAGCAGACAGGAGGCGCUGCUGCUGCAGCGGAGAAGGCGGGGGAUGAGAGUAAAGCGAAGCCAGCAGCAGCAGCAGGAACCACAGCAGCAGCAGGGGCUCCCUCUGCUGCUGCUGCACCUGCUGCGCGAGGGCUGCAGAAGACCGGCAAACUGUGGCAGGUGUGCAGCGCGUCGUUUCCUGCUGCUCCUGCUGCUCCUGCUGCUCCUGCAGCCGCUAGCAGCAAGCCAGCGGCAGCAGCAGCAACAGGAGCAGCGCCUGCGGCAGCGGGAGGGAAAGCAGCAGCAGGGCAGCAGAAGCAGCGAAGCGCAGCAGCUGCAGGACGAGCAGCAGCAACAGCAGAUUUGUCGUUUAAAGCGCUGCUCUUCCCGAAGGGGCCUCAGCUGCGAGUUGCUGCAGCAGAGCAGCAGCAGCAACAGCAGCAAGGCGACGCAGCAGCAGCAGAUCAGGGGACGCAGCAGGCGGGUGGCGUUGAUGGGCAAGGGCGCAGCGGAGACAGUGCAGCAGGAGAUCAGCAAGGCAGCAGCAGCAGCAGCAGCGGCAGCGCAGCAGCAGCAGGGUCCCCAGCAGACAGCAGGCGCAGCCAAGCACCGAGGGGUUGGGGGGAGAGACCGGAAGCUGUCUCCUUCCCUCUUGCUGCUGCAGCAGAAGAUGCCUCGUGGCCUGCCCCUGAUGCAGCAGCAGAAGCAGCAGCAGCAGCAGCAGCAGCACAGAAGGCGCAAGCGCAAGGCAGAGGCAGCAGCGGCGGGAAGCAGCAAGCCGACGCUGCUGGUGCUGCUGCAAACGCAGCAGCACCAACAGCAACAGCAUCAACAACAGCAGCAGAACCUGCUGCUGCUGCAAACGCAGCAGCAGCAGCAACACAGGGUGCACGACACAAACCUGCAGCAGAAGCAGCAGCAACACAGAGGGAGAGCCGGCGCAGCCGCAACAGCGGCCGUGCUGCAGCAGCUGCUGCUGCUGGUCAGCAACAGCAGCAACAGCAGCAGCAGCAGCAGCAGCAUGGCGCUAGAGAUGGAGUAGCUGCUCGCGAAGGUGCUGCUGCACACAAGAGCGCGCAGCAGCAGAAGGCCGCACCAGCAGCAGCAGCAGCAACAGCAACAGCAGCAGCAGCAGAAUCCCACUCAGGCGUACAGCGAGAGAAAGGAGACAGAGGAGACAGGGGGCAUAGAGGAGACAGAAGAUCUGCAAGAGGUGGCCGCCUAGGCACGCAGGCUCUGCAGCAGCAGCAGCAGCAGCAGCAGCAGCAGGGAUCUCCAGCAGGUGGUGCUUCUGCUGAAGGAAUUCAGGGGACCUCCAAGGCGGCUGCUGCUCGCGGUGCUUCUGCAAAGGAGAAGCAGCAGCAAGGGCUUGCUGCAGGCAGCAGCAGGGCAGCAGCAGCAGCAGCAGCAGCAGCAGAUGAGACGAAGGGCCGCCAACGGGGCCCUCCAGGAGAUAGCCGCAAGGCGUGGGGUGCUGUCUCCUCAGGUGUGUCUCCCAGAGACAACAGACGCGCAGCAGCAGAGAAAGAAGCAGCAGCAGCUGCAGCAGCAACGCAUCCUUCUGCCGGUGCAGCAGCAGCGCCUGCUGCUGCUCAGCAGCAGCAGCAGCAGCAGCAGCAGCAGCAGCAGCAGCAGCAUGCAGGCAGCAUCAGGCGGCAUGCUAGUCAGGCUGUUUGGCUCCCAAAGACAAACAAGGCGCCACAGAAAGAGCAGCAGCAGCAGCAAGCAGCAGCAGCAGAGUCGUCAUCUGGUGCAGCAGCAGCAGCAGAAACGCAUCAAGAACCGCAGGUUUGGGCGAAGAAAGGCCGCGGGGGAGGCAGGAGAGGAGAACAAGCAGCAGCAGCAGCAGCAGGAGCAGCAGGUGGACGAAGCGGCGCUGCAGGGACGUCAGCAGAUGCAGCAGCAGCAGCAGCAGCAGAAGACGAUGACGGCUUCCAGGUGGUGAGAAAUAAACGUAAAGAGCAGCAAGAAAAAAGAAAAGAGAGACUGGAGCAGCAGAAGCAUGAGCGCAGAGAGGCCAGACGCCGUGAGCAGCAGCAGCAGCAGCAACAGCAGCAGCAGCUGCUGCAGCAACAGCAGCAGCAACAGCAGCAACAGCAGCAGCAACAACAGCAACAGCAGUCAAGCGCCACCGUCUCUCCUGUGCCCAAGGAUGAGCCCUUGCCUUCGGCUGCGCAGCAGCAACAGGAGCAGCAGCAGCAGCAGCAGCAAGAGGUCUCCCAGCAGGAGCUUGACGAGGAGCAGCUUGAGUCAACGCCGGAGGUGCAGCAGCAGCUGCAGCAGCAGGAGCAGCAGCAGCUUCUGCUGCAGCCGCAAGCUGUUUCUGUUGCUGCCCCCGCAACACCGAGCAGCAGCAAUUCUGCUGCAGAGGAGUUCUGUGAUCAGCAGCAGGAGCAGCAGCAGCAGGAAGGAGACAGUGUGUCUCCUUCAGGAGACAGUGUUACAGCAGAUGCAGCAGCAGCACUAGCGGACCAGUGGCAGCAGCAGCAACAGCAGCAGCCGCAGCAGCCGCAUCCUAUGAUAGCUAUACAGCCACAGCAGCAGCAGCAGCAGCAGCAGCAGCACACGGGGAUGAGCCGCGCUAGCAGCCCUGGCACCCUAAGGGCGAGCGCAGACCCCUGGUAUCCAACAGCAAACGGUGCAGCAGCAGCAGCAGCAGCAGCAGCAGCAGCAACCGCCACCUUGCCUCAGCAGCAGCUGCUGGCUUCCGUUGCGGCGCAUCACCAGCAGCUGCAGCAGCUUCAUCUGCGGCACAUACAGCAGCAGCAGCUGUACCAGCAGCAGCAGCAACAGCAGCAACAGCAGCAGCAGGCUCCUCCUCCUCCUCACUCCCAGAAGACGUCUGCAGCAGGUGUAGGAGGAACUGCAGCAGCAGCAGCAGCAGCAGCAGCAGGAUUCUCCCUCUGGAGCAGCAACUUCGCUCAGCCUGCUGCUGCUGCGCGAGUAGCACCAGAUACAAUUGCAGCAAUAUGGGCACGAGAUCCAGGUGUAUCUGCAGGGGGGCCUCAAGAGUUGCUUCCUCUGCAGCAACAACUGCAGCAGCAGCAGCUGCAGCAGCAGCAGCAACUGCAGCAACAACUGCAGCAGCAGCAGCUGCAGCAGCAGCAACUGCAGCAGCAGCAACUGCAGCAGCAAGCACAACCCCGAACCCUACACUUCUCUACACAACAAGUACACCCAGCGCUGCAUCAUCCCUCUUCUUUGCUGCAGGCAGAUAUAAUGCAUGCGCGGCAGCUGCUGCAGCAGCAGCACAUAGGGGCAGUAGCAGCAGAGAGUGGGGACCCUUCUGGGGUGUACAUGCAGCAGCAGCAGCAUUUCCGCACUGCUGCUGCUGCUGCUGCUGCUGCAGCAGCAGCAGCAAGACCUAAAGACAUGUUCGGGCCCUCUGCUCUUGUACAGGGAGCCCUGCCGCCUCCACAUGGUGAGCGCUACCCUACGACUCCUGCUGCUGCUGCUGCUGCAGCAGCAGCUGCUGCUGCUGCUUCGCACUUCGCAGGUGUAUCCACAGGCAGCACUUUCCAUAUGCAGCAGCAGCUGCUGCAGCCGGCGUACCAUAGCUCGCAGCAAGCAGCAGCUGCAGCAGCAGCAGCAACCUCUUCUUACGCUCAGCAGCUGCAGCAGCAACAUGAACGAGACCUCUGGGGUGAUGCUGCUGCUGGAGCUAACCGCAAUCCUGCUGCUGCAGCACAGGGCGGCCUUGACGCUCUGGAGCAGCAGCAGCAGCAACCGACAUUCGUGCCCUAUGUGCAGCAGCAGCAGCAGCAGCAGCAGCAGCAGCGGCAACGCAACGGGGCGUACGGCGUGCUGCCCCCUGCAGACGGAGGCCCGCUGCAUGCGGGGACACCCAAAUUUUAUAUGUAG